AUGGCCAAACCCACCAAACAAAAUGGACAUGCUCCACCAGGCUCAGUCAACAUGUUCCCCGCAAUGCCCCUUUCUGAAAUUCAACCAGAAAUGGUGGCAUACGGUCCAAACGGGGCAAUGGUGACAAUCGACUACGAAGCAAGCUCCAAGACGAUGAUUGCCAAAUUGAAAGAGGCACAGCUCUUGGAGUUUCCCCGUAUUGUUUUUUGCACGCAUGGCAUGUGGGGAAACAGCCGUUCAAAGUGGAUGCAUGAUCUGAAGAGCAGGUUUCUCGACGAAUCAGACCAGACAUUUAUCAUUGUGGGCUGGGGAAAAGGUGCCGAGUUGGCUGCUUACAAAUACGCCCAAGCUGCCUCCAAUGUGGAACCAAUGGGAAAAUGGCUGGGCAAUCACAUCCUCGAGAUGAAACGCAAAAUUGGAAACAAGUGCAAACUCUGGGGAAUCGGAGAAGGCCUCGGGGCACACAUGAUCGGCUUGGCAGGAAGACUGUCACACGCCUUUACCAGAAUAACCGCCCUCGACCCUGCUGGUCCUGCUUUUGAGUUGGUCAAUGAAGAUGCGAUGCUCAAACCAACUGAUUCCCCAUUUGUCGACGUCAUACACACUGACUCUCACCACGAGUAUCGAUCUUCUGAAAUGUUCUCCCUCAUCAACAAGUACGGCACCUUGAAACCUCUGGGCACUCUUGAUUUUUAUGUGAACUACGGGUACAACCAACCCAACGCUGCCGAUUUUACCAAUGCAGGAUCGCAUCUGAGAGCAAUUGAGCUGUUCGCGUGGAGCAUUGAAAAUCCCGGCGAACUUCGCAGUCAGUUUGUCCUGAAUGGCACUCCUGAAGUGGACAAGCCAAUACAUAAGACUAAGCGAGUGGUCAUGCCCGCAGAGAUGGGUUACCAUGCCGACAGCAAGUGCACAGGCAACUACUACAUGGAAACCAACGGGGAAGAGCCUUGGAAAGAAGGCUUUUAA